CCUGCUGCUCAGAGCUGGUGCUCCCAAGUGAGCUCUUAACCAGCUGAGCCACUCGGCCGACCCAUGACUACCUGUUUUUACUACAAUCUCUUCUUACAACCCUUCUGACACCAAAUGUAUGGGUUUUGCACAGCAAGCAAUUCUCCCAUUUCUCUGCAGACACCAGCUGGGUGUCCUGCAAUUCAGUUCAGUCCUGACACUAACGACCCAGAAUUAGCACAGACCCCCCAGUUUCAGGGUGCAGCUCCCCAGGACCACCUGCACUUCAGACAGGCCCCAAGCCCAGCUAGGCCUCCCAUACUUUUGACCAACUGGGGUUCCCACCACCCCCUCACAUUUGAGGAUUUGCUAGAACGGCUUAACAGAACUCAGGAAAGCACUUUACUUACCAAUUUCUUGUAAAGCACACAGAUGAACAGGCACACGGCGAGGUCAGGAAAGGUCCCCAGUGCAGGAGCUUCUGUCCCCGUGGAACUGGGGCACACUUCCUUCCUAACACGUGGAAGCUCCCCAAGGCUUUGCAUUCAGGAUAUUACGGAGGCCUGUUAAGUCAUCACUUGUGGGUGAUCAGCCCCAGUGCUGCCCCAUGUUCAUUAGCAUAUGCUCAAGUGUGGUGGGAGAGGCAUAUUAAGAACCACAAAGGGGCCCUUUCACCCUCAUCACUCAGGAAAUAACAGGGUUUUAGGAGCUUGGUUUCAGGAACCUGGAUGAAGACCAAAUAUACAUUUAUCUCAGUGUCACAGGCACGCUUCCGGCACCAGCUGCCUGAGCCCCUCCAUUUAUGCACCAGACCCCAGUCCCUGUCGCUAACUAGGCUGUCACUGCAGCCAUUCUCCAUUCUCUCAUGUUUUCUCUCUUUACCCAUCAGCACAGGUGGUCAUUUCUUAAAAACAAGGGAAAAAACCCACAGCCCCUCCUGACCCCACUGUCAUCCAGCUCUCGCCCCUAUUUUUCUCUGUUGUUCUUGAUGGUAAAAGCCCAAGGAAGAGUUGUCAAUUCUCAUCAGCUCCCAUGCCACUCUCUUCUCGCUCAUAAACCGGCCCCAACCAGGUUCUGCAUUUCCUGUCCCCAGAACUGUCCUUGCCCGCAGGUGACCUCCCAGUGUCCAAAUCUGGUGGUCACAUCUCAGUCUCUGUCCUCCCGCUCCCAGCAGCGUCUGACCCGGCUGGUCCCCCUUCCUCCUGGGAACUCCUCAGGGCCCAGCACUCGCCUAGCUUCCCUCCCACCUCUCAGGGACUGCUCAGUUCCCCUCUCCCUCGUUGCUCAGGGCUGGAUCCUGUGGUUUCUUCUUUCCCCGAACUACGCCCCUCCAGGUCGCCUGUUUCACUCUGGGGGCUCCAACCCCGCACUACGCCUGAUGACACCCACAGUCCUGUCUCCAUCCCGGGGCUCCCCUGAGCUCCACACUCGGGGUCCAGCUGCCUCUCGACAUCUCCACUUUGAUAUUGAUAAGGCACCCCAAACCCAGUAUGUCCUUACAAUUCCUCGUUACCUCCGAAGUUGCUCCUCCUACAGGAAAUGGAAACUCCAUCAUUCCAGAUGCAGCCUACAAACAUUCAGGUGGCCACCAUGCCGGAGCUGGCAGACGAGGAGGGGACCCAGGGCUGGACCCAGGCCCCGCCGCUGUAUGAGGAGUACCGCCCGCCGCCACUGGAUGCCAUCCGCCUGCCUAGGUAUGUGCUGUACCUGCUGCUGGCUGCGCUCCUGGUGGUGGUCGUGGCCUAUGCCAUUGUCGGGCAUCUCAUCAAGGACCUCGCCCACGACCUGACUGACUGGGCCUUCGGCCCGAAGCCGGACCGGGAGGAUGACGCCCCCAGGGAGCUUUGCCCGAGCCUGGAGAGUGAGGAUCUGGAGCAGCUGGACCUCCAGCUGGCCCUGGCCUGGCGGAAUGACGAGGACGCUGGCGUGGGCGAUGAGGGCGCCCCUUCAGUAGCCCCCACCUGGGCCCCCUACCGUCCCUCCGUCGCCUUCAAGGACCCACCCGUCCGAAGCUCCUUCUGGAGGCUGGACUGAGCCGGGCACUGCCCUUGGGCCUGUGACCCUGACGCCAACCCCUUUGGCGUUGUAGAGAUGACCUGUGCUCAGAGUCCUUUCUCCACUGAUGUGCCCUGUCGUGCUGGAGGACAUUCUUGGCUGGCAGGUUCUGGUGGCUGGACACUGGCUGUUUCCACACUCCUGCUCCCCGCAACUCCCAGAGCCUAACCCCACCCAUCCUCCAUCAAGCUGUCAGUAGUCUGUAAACCAAGUACACCAAGAAGACUUAAAAAAAUAAUUGCCAGCCCUUACCUAGUGCUUAGUAUGUACCUGCUAUUGUGCUGAGUAAGUGGGCCCCCCACUUCCAAAUCUUCUCCACCCACAUCUCCCACCUUAUUCCUGUCUCUGCUGCUCGGCCGCUGGAUCUGUCUGUCUCUGGCGGUCCUGACUUCCCAACCAGCCUGAGAGCUCCUGGAGGACAGCGCCUGAGACUUCCUUCCCUUUUAAGCUUUGCACAGGACAGGGCAUUCAGAAGGCACUCCAUAAAUGUGUGUGCAAUGAUGCUGGCAUCUCCUUAGCCCCCAGGGGACACUGCAGAGUUCUCACAGGCCUGGAGGACCAGGCCCUCCCUCCCCCUGGCCUUCCUGUCAUGUGCCUGGGCCGUGGCUGUCCUGUGUCAGCUGGGGCGGGGUCCCCCUUUGCCUGGGCAGGGCCCCCUAUCUAAUCAACCCAGGGACCAAGGUUGAUGGGCAGGAAAGCCUGGAGCCUGAGUCAUCAGCUGCCGGGCUGUCCUGCUCUCCAGCCACAUCGGAGAUGGCUGGUGGGCACGUGGCCCAUUUCUUUCAGUCCCUGUGUUUACCCCUCAGUAGCUGUGGGUCCCCAGGGGUAAGGGAGCCAGGAAGAGGCAGCAUAUGCUAGUGGUGACAGAGACCCAGGGUCAAACCCAGUUCUGCCUAUUUCUGUAUGACCUCGGGGCUCCUGGCCUCCCUGAGCCUUUGUAAAAUGGAGGUGGCAAGUUUUGUGGGGUGUUCAGAGAAGAAACAUAGUAUGUGAAAGCACUGAGCCAAGCCCAGGCCCAUGAAGGAAAUUCAGGGCAAUCUCAGUGCAGCUCCUGUGGCAGGGAGCAUGGCUGACCUCAGGGCAGGUGGUCGUGGGCAGGCACAGGGGCCGCGCUCCCCAAGUUAAUCAUUGUACCAGGUUCAGAGUCUUCCCUCCCAGGGGGAGGGAGGGAUGCCAACCAGGUGGGGUGAAGGGAGGGCCUGCCCCUGCUCCAGACCCACCUGUGCCUUAUCAGGGGCUGGGCAGGGCCUCGCCCAGCCAAAGAGGACAGCACCCACCUGGACUGUGCACUCGGGCUGCUGGCUCCUCCGUAGC